AGUGACCAUCUCAUGUUCCCUUCGUUAAAGGACUUCUGGAAGGGCCCUUCGUGAAGGGAUUCAGUUGUUGACUUUCGUUUGGAACGUCCCAACAAACGGCGUCCUCUUCCCGAAGUGCCCUUCAGGGGCGCAAGAAAGCAGUUUGGAAUUUGCCCGGUGUCAAUUCGUGUGACGUUUCUUCUGGAUAAAGAGCGCGCAGUCUCGAGUCAUCGGUAGGCGGCAGGGUUGCUCAAUCCAGGAAGGAAAGAGGAAGCAGGAAGGAAUUGCUCCGGGAAAAUAAACUCGGGGUUUAUUAAAACUAGUUUAGACACUUCUAUGCGUUAUAAGCGUAGUUAAAGGUACUGUUUUUAAAAAAUGGGCCGGUGUUUCUAUUUUACCACACUCGUACUUUCAGUUUCAUAUCUAUUGGUACCGUUGUGUCACUCUUUGGAAUGGGGCGAGCAGUCUAAUCCCCUGCAGAAUGUGCGGUCCAUCAUCAUAAGUUUGUCCGAGGAAGCCCACAGUUGUCUGGUCUCUAUAUUUGGUGAAAAGAGACUGGACCUGUCUCUCAAGUUUCUUCAAAGUGGUGUAACAUGGCUGUCAAAUGCUGUGGCAUCAGCCCUUAAUAUGGUCAACCACUAUGUUAUGGAAAUCUUAAAAUCAGCAGGAAUUGAUGCCAAGCUACCUUUCCAAAAAGUUACUCCGGAGGGAGUGAUUUUUGUCGCUCAGUGGGCCUUUCUGGUUCUUGUGGCCUACUGGAUAAUAUCCUUCAUCCUGAGUUUGGUUUUUGGAGCUAUAAGACAGGCUUUGUGGCUGCUGAAGGUCACCUUUGCCAUAGGCAUGUUUGGAGUGAUUCUCAGCGACACUGGAGCUUCUGCAGAAACCACAGCGAUAAGACUAGUGGGCCUGGCAUGUGUUUGUUUCCUGUUAGGAAUAUGUACAACAUCUGCAAAGCCAGAUAGGCACCUCGAGGACAAAAUCAAGAUUCUGGAGAGACGUCUAAGAGAGAUGGAGAAAAACAAAAUGGACUGACGGCGAAACUCUUUUCAGACCAGAAAAAAAUUAUUUUCCUUUCUCUUUGUUGCAGUUGUAAAUCAAGGAUGGAAUCCAGUAUGAUAUUGUGACCCUUCAAUAGAACCACAUGUGCAUUUUGUUUAUCUAAACUUGGAAGGUGCUUCAAUAAUUCAAGAUUAUUGAUUCUCAAGUAAAACAUGUCUCAUAGCACAAUUGGAUCUAGCAUUUGAGGAGUUUAUUUAACCAAAGUACAGAAUCAAAUGUUCAAACACUGUUUCUGGGGUCUUAUAUACAGAGAACAACAAAUGU